ACGGUUGUCACACCAACCACUAGUAGUGAGACAAAUGUAUAACCUGACAGACUGAACUCAGGCCAAUACAUCUCCUUAGCAUUGACGCGUAUUGAUAGAUUGAAACGGUUGCACGAUCAACGCUGUCGCUGGUGUGUUGCUGAACAAAUAUUAGCAGUCUUCAUUCAGGAAAGGUACGCUCUUGGUUAGAAUUGGUUAGAAGUGAAUUGGCAAACAUGCGGGAUUCAGAUUUUCUCUUAAAAGUACUAUGUUUGGUUUUAUGGCAGGCUGCUGCUAGUAGUUGGGGUCAGGCAAACAUAACCAGCAUGCUGGCACUGCAGGCGGAUCGGGUCAUGGCACUCGGAGAAUGGGAGGAACGCUGGCAGGAGGACAGAACUGGCUUCCAUCAGCCUCAUGUACACAAGAUGCUGGAGAACAAUAUUGAUAAAGUUGUUGCCGGACGGACAGGAGUUCGCUUCUUCUUCCCUCUCUGUGGGAAAGCUGUAGAUAUGAAGUGGCUAGCAGACAUGGGCCAUUCAGUGGUUGGGGUGGAGAUAUCUGAAAAGGCUAUAAAACAGUUCUUUGAGGAGAACAGCAUGACCUACAGUGUGGAGCCUGUUCCUGCAAUACCUGGAGCAAAGGUUUACAAGGGCUCAAAGAGAAAUAUCUCCCUAUAUCAAUGUGACCUGUAUAACUUCUCCAGUUCCAUUGAUGGUCAGUUUGGGGCAAUUUGGGACAGAGGAUCUCUAGUGGCCAUCAACCCAAGAGACAGAGAAAAGUAUGCUGCUCUCAUAACAUCUCUCAUGGCCAAAGACUGCAGAUACCUCUUGGACACUUUGUUGUACAAUCCUGAAUUAUAUACAGGUCCUCCCUUUUUUGUGCCUAAUGAACAAGUACACAGCCUGUUUGGUAACAGCUGUGAUAUUGAGCUGCUGCAGUCGGUGGAUGCCCUGACAGACAGACAACGAGGCUGGGGGCUGGACUACCUGACUGAAAAUGUACACCUCAUCACUCAAAAGAGCAUUUAAAAACUAACUUGUAAGUUUAGAGAGCUUAGAAAAGCAGAUAUUGGGCAUUUUACUGCAAACACUAGUCCUAGGCAAUCUUUUUGAUAAAGUUCUAUUUUGGUGGGAAGUGAAGGUGCAUGGAAUUAAAAUGUCAAGAACUGUAACAUAUAAAGUUUUGAAUGCUUGUCAACAUAAAACAUGUUUUGUAACAAGA